AUGGAUGAGGAUUUAACUAAAUCAGUUUGGGAUGAUGAAUUUGAUUCCAAUAAGCCAAAUACCGACGAACAAUCGAGCGGAUUUGGCGAUGGUAUGCAAACAUCUUCAACCGCAUUUGGUCAAUCAAUUACGCCCCUAGCCAAUGAAUUUCAAUCAUACUCAAUCGACGACCCAUUUGCCAACCCUUUUGAAGAUAAGAAGCCACAGACUGAAGUAAGUGAUGUCGAAAACACAGAUGAGGUACAGAAUUUUACAAGUUUCAACUCAGAGCAGGAACAAUUACAUGAACUUAAAUCAGAAGAAAGGAAAGAAUUGAAAAGUCAACUAUUGUCAGAACUAACGAAUGGAUCAGAAGACAGCGAUCUUUUGGCAGAGCAAUUGAAUAAAAGGACACCAAAGAAUGUAAGGAAAACUGAUGAAUUGUUUCACGAUAGGGAGUCACCCGUUAAGCUUGUUUCCCUGGGUGAAGAGACUACAUUGUCACCCAGUAGACCAUUCAAUGUGAAGAAGUUUAAAGCUGGUAGACCACGAAAGUUUAGCUCGAAAACAAAUGUGCAACAUUUGAAUUCAUCUCAGUUUGAAUCAGCUGAUGCCCCGUUAGGGCCUUUAGGUGGUGCGACAAAGAUCGAAGAGGAACCCGUUGUUGAGCCAGUACAUGAAGAUGAAAAGAAAGAGAAGGUAAACAAUAAUGAAAAGGAUGACAACAGGGACGGUGAGCAGCCCAAGAAACAGCCAUCACACAAUAAGGAUGAAAAUGAGUUGGAUAUUACAGUGGGUGAUCCGACGAAAGUGGGCGACAUAACUACUGCACAUAUUGUAUACACAAUCAGGACCAAAAAUAAAAACCCCGAGUCUCAGAACUUUCCUAACAUUAACACCACAGAAGUGACAAGAAGAUAUAGAGACUUUAGAUGGAUCUAUCACCAACUACAAGGGAAUCACCCGGGAAGGAUUAUUCCCCCGCCUCCUUCAAAACAAAGUAUAAUUGGAAGAUUUAACGAAAAGUUGAUUGAACACAGAAGAUUUGCUCUAGAAAAAAUGCUACGUAACAUUGCCAACAAACGGGGCCUUGCUAACGAUCCAGAUUUUAUAUCUUUUUUGACUAACGAUGGUGAUGGAAGGUUCAACGAGGGUGGACUUGAGGACUCAGCUAUUCACGAAGGAGAAACAACCAACUCGAACUCCUCAUCUGCGGCAAAUGUUGCAGCUAGUGCAGCUAUAGCCUCCACUGGGUUUAUGAGCUCAUUGUUUUCCAUGUCUAAUAAAUUUGUCGACCCUGACCAGUAUUUUGUGGAAAAGAAAAACUAUCUUGACGAUUUGGAGUACAACUUGAAACAAUUUGCCAAAACAAUCGACUUGAUUGGGACUCAGCGACAAGAUAUGAUCAACAUCCUUGAGGAAUUAGCAAUUACAGUGGAGGAGUUAUCAGCAUUAGAAAUCAGUAAGGCAACAGGAGAUCUACUCAACGCUUUUAGCGAGGUUGAGUUCAAAAUCAAAGAUAACUUGGACAGACUUAACAUUUCAGAUCAGUUGACUAUAGGGUUUACCAUCGAUGAGUACUUGCGCAUCAUUGAAUCCAUAAAUUACGUCCUUCAAACGAGAAUAAAAAUCUAUCAACUGUUGUCAUCAUUAACAUCGCAAAUAGACAAGCUAUCAAAAAAGCAACCACUUCUGCCUGAGAGAUCAUUUGAGGUUGAAAAGCUAAAAGAGAGACAAGGCGACUUGAAGAAACAGUUUGAGCAAAUAAGUGAUACUAUAAAAGCGGAAUUGGAAGAAUUUGAACUCAAUAGGAUCGAUGAUUUUAGAAACAAUGUUGAAAUCUACGUUGAAAGUUCAAUUGAGUCACAGAAAGAGGCAAUAGAAUUGUAUGAAACAUUUUAUAGUCGGUACAUACUUAAGUAG